AUGUCUGGAGAGGUGCGUUUGAGGCAGUUGGAACAGUUUAUUUUGGAUGGGCCAACUCGGACUAAUGGGCAGUGCUUCAGUGUGGAAACCUUGCUGGAUAUACUCAUCUGCCUUUAUGAUGAAUGUAAUAAUUCCCCCCUGAGGAGAGAGAAGAAUAUUCUUGAGUAUCUAGAAUGGGCCAAACCUUUUACCUCUAAGGUGAAACAGAUGCGACUACAUAAAGAAGAUUUUGAAAUCUUGAAGGUGAUUGGUCGAGGAGCCUUUGGGGAGGUUGCAGUAGUAAAACUGAAAAAUGCAGAUAAGGUAUUUGCCAUGAAAAUACUGAAUAAAUGGGAGAUGCUGAAGAGAGCUGAGACAGCCUGUUUUCGAGAAGAGAGGGAUGUACUAGUGAAUGGAGAUAACCAGUGGAUCACAACAUUGCACUAUGCCUUCCAGGAUGACAACUAUUUAUACCUGGUUAUGGAUUACUAUGUUGGAGGAGAUCUGCUCACCCUGCUUAGCAAGUUUGAGGACAGGUUACCUGAAGAUAUGGCUCGUUUUUAUUUGGCUGAAAUGGUGAUAGCGAUUGAUUCUGUACAUCAGUUACAUUACGUCCACAGGGACAUUAAACCAGACAACAUCUUGAUGGAUAUGAAUGGACAUAUUCGGUUAGCAGAUUUUGGUUCUUGUCUGAAACUGAUGGAAGAUGGAACGGUCCAGUCUUCGGUGGCAGUUGGAACUCCAGACUACAUCUCUCCAGAAAUCCUGCAGGCCAUGGAAGAUGGAAAAGGGAAGUAUGGACCUGAGUGUGACUGGUGGUCCCUAGGUGUUUGCAUGUAUGAAAUGCUUUAUGGAGAAACGCCCUUUUAUGCAGAGUCCUUGGUGGAGACCUACGGGAAAAUAAUGAACCACAAAGAGAGGUUUCAGUUUCCUGCACAAGUGACAGAUGUGUCUGAAAAUGCCAAGGACCUCAUUCGAAGGCUCAUUUGCAGCAGGGAGCAUCGACUUGGGCAAAAUGGGAUAGAAGACUUUAAGAACCACCCAUUUUUUGUUGGGAUUGAAUGGGAUAACAUUCGGAACUGUGAAGCACCUUACAUCCCUGAAGUCAGCAGUCCAACUGAUACAUCAAACUUUGAUGUGGACGAUGAUUGUUUAAAAAACUCUGAGACAAUGCCUCCACCAACUCACACUGCAUUUUCUGGUCAUCAUCUGCCAUUUGUGGGUUUUACAUAUACAAGUAGCUGUGUGCUUUCAGACCGCAGUUGUCUAAGAGUUACAGCUGGACCACCGUCUAUGGACCUUGAUGCCAGUGUUCAAAGGACUUUGGAGGAUAGCUUAGCAACAGAAGCUUAUGAGAGGAGAAUAAGGCGCCUGGAGCAGGAAAAACUUGAACUCAGUAGAAAACUGCAAGAAUCCACCCAGACAGUCCAGGCUUUACAGUAUUCAACUGUGGAUGGUCCAAUAACAGCAAGCAAAGAUCUAGAAAUUAAAAGCUUAAAAGAAGAAAUUGAAAAGUUAAGAAAACAGGUAACCGAUUCCGGUCAGCUGGAACAGCAAUUGGAGGAGGCCAGUUCUGCACGACGAGAAUUAGAUGAUGCUUCUAGACAAAUCAAGGCUUUUGAGAAACAAAUUAGAGCACUGAAGCAAGAGAGAGAGGAUCUUAAUAAGGAACUGAUGGAGUCUAGUGAGAGAUUAAAAUCCCAAACCAAAGAGUUAAAAGAUGCACACAGCCAGCGGAAACUGGCCAUGCAGGAGUUCUCAGAGAUGAAUGAGCGGCUGACAGACUUGCACUCUCAAAAACAGAAACUUACCCGCCAGGUCCGAGAUAAAGAGGAAGAGAUGGACGUGGUGAUGCAAAAGGUGGAAAUCUUAAGGCAAGAGUUACGGAGAACAGAAAGACUCAAAAAAGAACUGGAAGUCCAUGCUGAAGCUGCAGCUGCUGAGGCAUCCAAGGACAGGAAAUUGCGUGAGCGAAGUGAGCAGUACUCUAAACAGCUGGAGAGUGAACUGGAAGGACUAAAGCAAAAGCAAGUUGGUCGCUCACCAGGGGUGAGCAGCACAGAACAUCAGCAAGAGAUCACCAAAUUAAAGGCUGAGUUGGAAAAGAAGAGUGUUUUCUAUGAAGAGGAACUGUCCAAACGAGAAAUAAUACAUGCUAAUGAAAUCAAAUCCCUGAAGAAAGAACUGCGGGAUGCAGAGAGCCAACAGCUUGCCCUCAAGAAAGAGAUCAUGAUCUUGAAAGACAAGUUAGAAAAGACCAGGAGAGAGAGCCAAAGUGAAAGAGAGGAGUUUGAAACAGAGUUCAAACAGAAGUAUGAACGGGAGAAGACUCUGCUAACAGAGGACAACAAAAAGCUCUCAAAUGAGCUUGAUAAGCUCACCACCAUGUUUGAGAGGCUAAGUAUGAACAACCGACAGCUAGAAGAAGAAAUGAGAGACCUGGCAGAUAAAAAGGAAUCUGUGGCACACUGGGAGGCCCAAAUUACUGAGAUCAUCCAGUGGGUGAGUGAUGAAAAGGAUGCUCGAGGGUAUCUACAAGCCUUGGCCUCUAAAAUGACAGAAGAACUAGAGGCUCUGCGGAACUCCAGUUUGGGUGCAAGAGCAACCGACAUGCCCUGGAAGAUGCGCCGCUUUGCUAAACUGGAUAUGUCAGCAAGGCUGGAACUGCAGUCAGCCCUUGAUGCAGAAAUCCGAGCCAAACAGGCCAUUCAAGAUGAGUUAAAUAAAGUUAAAGCUUCCAGCAUCUCUACAGAAUGUAAACUUCAAGAGUCAGAAAAGAAGAACUUAGAACUGUUGUCAGAAAUUGAAAAACUGAAAAAGGAGACAGAAGACCUCAGAUCAGAAAAGGGUGUAAAGCACCAAGACUCACAGAAUUCUUUCUUGGCAUUUUUGAAUGCUCCUACCUCUGCACUGGAUCAAUUUGAACGCUCUCCUUCCUGUAUUCCAGCUAACAAAGGCAGACGUAUUGAUUCAGUUGAGAACUUUACAUUGUCUAAUACUCCUUCACGGGAUGAAGAUAUCAAGUCUCACCUCCAUUCAAGAUCUAGGUCUCCUUCCACAGCUAGUGACAUUGAACCAAUUGAGGUUACAGAUCAUCCUCCACGCUCGGUUCAUACACCAGCCAUGAGGACAGCAUAUAUUGGAUCAGGACUCUCUGCACCAAAGCCUAAGGCCCACCAGUUUGUAGUGAAAUCUUUUAAUACCCCUACAAAAUGCAAUCAGUGCACAUCUCUGAUGGUUGGUUUAAUAAGACAGGGCUGCACUUGUGAAGUAUGUGGAUUCUCAUGCCAUGUGACCUGUGCAGACAAGGCCCCAGCAGUGUGCCCAAUCCCUCCUGAACAGACCAAAGGCCCUCUGGGGAUAGAUCCACAGAAAGGCAUAGGAACUGCAUACGAAGGUCAUGUCCGAGUUCCUAAACCAGCUGGAGUAAAGAAAGGUUGGCAGAGAGCGCUGGCUGUGGUCUGUGAUUUCAAACUCUUCCUGUAUGAUAUAGCAGAAGGAAAAGCAUCCCAGCCCAGCGUGGUAGUGAGUCAGGUUAUUGACAUGAGGGAUGAAGAAUUCUCAGUGAGUUCUGUCUUGGCCUCUGAUGUCAUCCAUGCAAAUCGAAAAGAUAUUCCCUGUAUCUUUAGAGUUACAGCUUCCCAGCUCUCCGCAUCCAGUAAUAAGUGUUCGAUCCUGAUUCUAGCAGACAGUGAGAAUGAAAAGAGCAAGUGGGUAGGAGUGCUGAAUGAAUUGCAUAGGAUUUUGAAGAAGAAUAAGCUCAAAGACCGAUCAGUCUAUGUUCCCAAAGAGGCUUAUGACAGCACCCUCCCUCUCAUCAAAACAACCCAGUCAGCAGCAAUCAUAGAUCAUGAAAGAAUAGCUCUGGGCAAUGAAGAAGGGUUGUUUGUUGUGCAUGUCACCAAAGAUGAGAUUAUUCGUGUUGGUGACAAUAAGAAAGUUCAUCAGAUUGAGCUCAUCCCUAAUGAACAGCUCAUUGCAGUGAUCUCAGGACGAAACCGUCAUGUACGGCUUUUCCCUAUGGCAGCCCUGGAUGGAAGAGAGACGGAGUUUUAUAAGCUGGCGGAGACAAAAGGCUGCCAGACCAUAGUUUCUGGACAGGUACGCCAUGGAGCCCUUACUUGCCUAUGUGUGGCUAUGAAAAGACAGGUCCUGUGUUAUGAACUGAAUCAGAGCAAGACGCGUCACAAAAAGAUGAAGGAGAUCCAAGUCCUGGGAAAUGUCCAGUGGAUGUCGGUCUUCAGUGAGCGGCUCUGUGUGGGUUACCAGUCAGGAUUCCUAAAAUAUCCCAUGCAUGGAGAAGGGAACCCAUACAGUUUGCUCCACCCAGAUGACCACACCCUAUCAUUUAUUGCACAGCAGCCAACUGAUGCCAUCUGCGCAGUCGAAAUCUCAAAUAAAGAAUAUCUGCUGUGUUUUAGCAGCGUUGGGGUUUAUGUUGACUGUCAGGGCCGAAGAUCUAGACAACAGGAAUUGAUGUGGCCUGCAACACCAUCCUCUUGCUGUUACAAUGCACCAUACCUCUCAGUAUACAGUGAAAAUGCGGUCGAUAUCUUUGAUGUGAACUCCAUGGAAUGGAUUCAGACUAUUCCACUCAAGAAGGUACGACCAUUGAAUACAGAAGGAUCACUAAACCUUUUAGGACUGGAGACAAUUAGAUUAAUAUAUUUCAAAAAUAAGAUGGCAGAGGGAGAUGAACUGGUAGUUCCUGAGACAUCAGAUAACAGCCGGAAGCAAAUGGUUCGAAACAUCAACAAUAAACGUCGUUAUUCAUUCAGAGUACCAGAGGAGGAGAGAAUGCAGCAGAGGAGGGAGAUGCUACGAGAUCCAGAAAUGAGAAAUAAAUUAAUUUCUAAUCCAACUAAUUUUAACCACAUAGCACACAUGGGUCCAGGAGAUGGAAUACAGAUCCUCAAAGACCUGCCUAUGCCGUGUUAUCCAUAUCCAUCCCCUCAUCACUUCAGUCUGAUCUCCUCUCCGAGCAACUUCGAGCACAUCUAUCACAUGACUGUUAAUUCAGCUGAAAAAUUCCUCUUUUAUGAUUCCAUAAACCCUGCAUACUCCCUAUCUCUGCGCUCUGUCGCUGGUACACCAGCCUUUGUGACUCUGAGGAAUCUUCGGCCUCAGGAAAGUCGGACCAUGUUCAGUGGCUCUGUCAGUAUCCCAUCUAUCACAAAAUCCCGCACAGAACCAGGGCGAUCGAUGAGCGCCAGUAGCGGGUUGGCAGCAAGAUCAUCGGCACAGAACGGCAGUGCUUUGCGGCGGGAAUUCUCAGGAGGGAGCUAUGGAGCCAAGCGUCAGCCUAUGGCAUCGCCAUCAGAUGGUUCACUGUCCUCUGGUGGUUUAGACCAAGGCAGCGACGUGCCGACAAGGGACUAUGAACGAGAGGAUUCUGAUUCUCCAAGGCAUUCUACAGCUUCUAACAGUUCCAACCUAAGUAGUCCUCCCAGCCCAGUUUCUCCUCACAAGACCAAGAGUCUCUCCCUGGAGAGCUCUGACCACGUGAGUUGGGACUCAUGA